AUGGCGGGGUUCCGAGAGAACGAAAGACAACAUUUCCCACUUCAAAGUAUCCAGGACGUGGUUGAUUUAUUUAGAGAUCAGUUGACUGGCAGUGACGAACCUAAUUUGCCACUUUUGUCUAUUGUUCUUGGAGCGAUCGAAAAUGUUUUGACAGUGAAUAGGUCGUUGCCAGGUGAGAUUGAUCACUCGAAAUCACUGGAACCAAUUUUCCCGGUGAUUGAGUUGGAGACAGUGGAAGCGCUGUACGAAAAAUUUGUGACACAUGUGAAACGAUCUGUUGAUCUCACGAAAUUUCCAUGUGAUGUUGCUACAAGGGAGUUAGUGAAACUAGUCUCGGAUGUAAUAUGGAGUUCUUUAAUGAGGAGCUUUUACAAAGACAAAGCACACCUUCAGUCGCUAUACAGUUUUUUGACGGGUAAUAAGCUUGACUGCUUUGGUGUGGCAUUUGGUGUGGUAGCUGCAUUUCAAGUCCUCGGCUACAAAGAUGUCCACCUUGCCCUGUCGGAGGACCAUGCCUGGGUCACAUUUGGGCAAGAUCUAUCAGAGACUGCAGAGGUUACAUGGCACGGGAAAGGCAAUGAAGACAAACGAGGACAACCCAUCACCAUGGGAGUGUCUGAGAAAAGCUGGCUCUAUCUCAAUGGUCAGCCUGUCCUCUGUACACGCCAGAUGGAGGUAGCCUCCAUUGUAAGUGGCAUCAACCCAUCUAUCAGUGCCACUGUCGACAGUCUAGAAAUGGGCUCACUUCAACAGGAGCUGCUUUGGCUGCUGUAUGAUAUGGACCAUUUAUCAAGAUACCCAAUGGCUCUUGGUAACCUUGGUGAUCUGGAAGAGAUAUCACCGACCCCUGAGCGACCACCACCUAUGGCCUUGUUUAAUGAGGCAAUACAGUCAUCACAGGAACAUUACAACAAUCAACAUGUAUAUCCCUACACAUACUUAGGAGGGUUCCUGUAUCGCAAAGGCCACCAUAAGAGAGCACUCCAGGCCUGGGCAGAUGCUGCUGAUGCAGUCCGAAAUUACAACUACAAUCGUGAAGAUGAGGAGAUCUAUAAAGAAUUCCUGGAAAUUGCCAAUGACCUCAUUCCACACAUGAUGAAAAUUGUUGCCAGUGACAAUGCAGCUCGAAUUCAUCACACAUCGUUGUUGUAUGACCCCGACUGUUAUGCCAACUUCUUACGGUUUUAUGAUGGUAUCUGUGAGUGGGAAGAAGGCAGCCCAACACCAGUGUUGCACAUCACUUGGGCCAAACAACUGGUAUUUUCACUGUCCAAGUUUGAUGUCAGUGUCCGGGAGCACAUUGAGGUCAAAGGUGAAGGGCUUGAGGAGGAUUCUUCCUCAAGUGAGGAGGAGGAAAUAGAGGAGGAAGUGAAUGGUCGACGAGGGGAGGAAGGAGAGGACAAAGUCAUUGAGGACACAGAACCUGUCAUUAGUCGCAGACCUGGAAGAAAAGGACGGCGAUCCAAAAUCAACAAUAAUGGACCUGAAAGCAAGGUAUCUGAUCUUAAGAUAAAAGGAGAAUCGAACGAAGAUCAGAUAAAAUCGGCCAUUGAGGAUUUAGUCAACAAGGUUGGAGAAGAAGGGCAGAAUGAUGCGACUAACCCGAAUAUUGCAGCACUUGCUCAGGCAUGCAGUGAAUCCAUCCUAAACCCCGAGUAUCUGCUGGGGGGUGGCGAUCCAUUCACUACAGCUACCAGUACCACAACGGUAACCUCAACCACUACGUCUGCUGACUCACGCAUAGAUAUGCAUGAUUUCCUCAGCUCUAAGUCAAAUGGCUCACCUUUCAUGGGUAUGACAAUGGACUCUGUGCUAAAGGCAGAGAGUCCUUCAGACAUGAUCAUGUUUCGGAAGCGGCCAUGUUCCUCUGCAACACGGACACCCACUCCUGUCUCAGAAAUAGCACCAACCCAAACACAAGUUAGUACAACACCUCCUAGGACAUCCUCAGUACCCUCCCAUCUGCUUGGACCACCUACAUUGGUGUGUCUGCGCAGUGAAAAAAUGAAAGGACUGAAAAAGAUUUUUUCUUCUGCAAAACUGAAUGCUAGUGCAAUAAAGCUUCAAUUGACAGCACAGUCUCAAGUUCAUUUCAAGCACAGCAAACGCAGCACAGAUUCUGAGCUGGCCACCCAUCGGAAGCGGUCACGAAGAGAGUAGAACUUUUUACUGUUGAAAACAGCUAUUGCGUCUUUAUUUGAUAAUCCAUGAUUUUGUUGAAAUAUGACCUUGUGUUUUGAAGGGGAACAUGUUUUAAAAGGACUUGUACCCUGGGCAAGUGACCUUUUGAACUCGUCCAGAAUGAAAAUCUCAAU